AUGGUCUCAACAGAAAAGAAAAUUGCCAUAUUGUCGUUCGAUGGUGGAGGAAGUAAAGGUGUGAUGGAAUUGAAAAUAUUGGACGACAUAUUUCGAUUAGUAACGAUUGUGUCAACGAAUCCUGAAAGGGUAGACUACCUUGUGAACGAAGACAUUGAUGAAAAUGAAGUAAAUUUCUUAGAAGAUGAAAGCGUUCGAGAGCGUCUGAUCAAGGACAUGGAAGCAGUUAAGCAUCCCAUUCAUCCCACAGAUGUUUACGAUAUGAUAGUUGGUACCAGUACAGGAAGUUUGAUUGCAUUUGGUUUAGUUGGAGGAAAUAAAGUUGGAAACGACCAUCAUGAAAGGAAACGGAUGACUAUUGAGGAAUGUAUUCAGAUGUAUUGUGCAAAAACUAAGAUGAUAUUCAAGAAGUCAUGGUUACACCACGUUUUCUCUCACGCACCUGGAUUAUCUCGCGUUCCAAUAGUACCAUAUUCACAAUACAGCGUUAAGCAAACCCUGUAUGAUCUGUUUGGUGAUUGCAGCUUAAAUGAUAUGGGAGGAGAGAAUCCUUUGAAAAACAUAGCGGGAGCUGUUACAAGAAAACUUGGUAAAAACGAAGAUCUCGUACUGUUUGAUACAGCAAGUAAAGACUACCUGGAUUACAAGGCCUACGAAGUCUUGCUUGCAUCCUCAAAUGCUCCAGUUUACUUUGACACUCCAGUCGUAAUUGGCAAUGCAAAAUAUGUAGACGGAUGUGUCGGCGGAAAUUGUCCUUUGGCACCAGCAAUCCCGCGAGCAAAGUUACUAUUUCGAAAAGAUGUUGAACACGUAAACAUAGUUUCUGUUUUAUCAAUUGCACCUCCCUCGUCUCCCAAAUGGGAAAUUCCUUCUAAUGGUGGUCUUUUGAGUUGGUUACGGUAUUUUGUGAAAGUGUCAACUGAUGGAAACUCGGUGUUCAACGAUGUUGUUAACCAAAAUCGACAUAAGAAAACUUUGUUUCAAAGGUUGUCGCCGCGUGGUAAGAGCUUAAAAAAAUUCAAGCUUGAUGAAAUCAAUCCCAAAAGAUGUUAA